UUCGUCAGGGCAGGCGUGGCGAUAACUGUAAACUGGUCAGUAGUUAGCAUUUUAGCAGCAAGUUGCCAGUCAGUAGUCAGUACCCUCAGUGGCUACUCAGCAGAUAGUUAGUACUUCAUAUCUACACAGUUAUCUGCAAUCUACUGUAUCUGUAUCAACAGCUUUUCUAAAACAAUGCCUUUGGCCAACAUAACUCGCGUUGAGAAGUUUAGCUCUUGUCAUCGGCUCCACAGCAACAAUUUAAGCAAUGAGGAAAAUGUAAAAAUUUUUGGUAAAUGUAACAAUAAAAAUGGUCAUGGACAUAAUUAUAAAGUUGAAGUGACAGUUAAGGGUCUAAUUGAUGAAAAUACCGGCAUGGUCAUGAAUGUGGCUGACUUAAAAAAGUAUAUUAACGUUGCUGUAAUGGAGCCAUUGGAUCAUAAAAAUCUAGAUAUGGAUGUACCUUACUUUAAAGAUCAUGUUAGUACAACGGAGAAUGUAGCAAUUUUUAUAUGGCAAAGUUUGAAAAAUGUCAUGCAUAAUCCUAAUCUAUUAUAUAAAGUAAAAUUAUUUGAAACGGAUAAAAAUAUUGUUGUUUAUAAAGGUGAAUAAUUUAUUAUU